UUUGGUCUCAAGUUGCAGAGCAGAUGAAAGCAAUGGAAACAGAAGCCGCGCUCUCGGAGGAACCCUCCGUAAGUUCCUAGUCAGAACUAAUUGCGCUUUUAGUACUUUUCCGAAUGUUAAGUUUCCUCUUCAAAAUAGUCCCAAUAGGGAGAACCUUAAUAAGAGAUUCAACUACCCAACUGGGUUUUUUGCAAAACCCUGCAUCUCUCAAAUACAUUUCAUCAAAAGCCUCAAGAAAUCAGAACCCUUUCGUGGUCUCUUACCUCAUCCGCUCAUGUGGGCUCUCACCCGCUGCCAUCUCUGCAUCCAAGAAGGUUGGUUUUGAAUCCUCUGAUGGACCAGAUUCCGUUCUUACCCUCUUUAGAAACCAUGGAUUCACCGAAGCCCAGAUUUCCAGACUCAUUAGAAAGUAUCCAUUAUUGCUCGUUGCCAGUCCUACAAACACCCUUCUCCCUAAACUUGAGUUCUUCCAUUCCUUGGGCGUUUCGAGCCCUAACAUUGCCAAAAUCCUCUUCAAAGAUUCAAAGUUCUUGUUCCGUAGCUUAGAAAACAAAAUUAUCCCUGCUUUUAAUUUCUGGAAGAGUUUAGUUGGGACUCUGGAGAAUGUUGUUAUUGGUCUAAAACGUGAAGCUCGUUUCAUCAAUUGUGAUAUACAGACUGUGGCUCGAAAUAUUGCAAUCUUGAGAGAAAAUGGAGUAAUGGAGUCCAUUAUCCUGCGUUUACUAACUUACUAUCCCACAUCGUUGACACCUAAAAAUAAUCUGUUCAAAGAGAUGGUUGAGGAGAUUAAGCAAAUGGAUUUCGACCUUUCAAAAUACACGUUUAUGAGAGCUCUAUCUGUGUUUACAUCAAUGAAAAAAUCGACAUGGAAGCAGAAAUUGGAGGCUUAUCGAAGGUGGGGUUUUUCUGAGAAUGAGAUUCUCUUGGCAUUUAGGAGGUACCCUUCUUUUAUGACAGCGUCUGAGAAGAAGAUAAUGAGCCAUAUGAAUAUCUUUGUUAACAAAAUGGGUUGGGAACGGGAAGUUAUCAUCACGCGCCUGCAACUUCUUGCGCUUAGCUUGGAGAAGAGGAUUCUUCCAAGGUGUUCAGUUUUACAAGUAUUGAUAUUGAAAGGUUUGGUGAAGGAAGAUCUUAAAAUUGGACAUCUGUUGAUAAAGAGUGAGAAGCAUUUCUUGGAAAAUUUUGUGAAAAUAUAUGAGAAAGAAGUUCCUCAUCUUUUGGAUUUAUACAAAGGAAAUACUAGUCUGCUAGGACUAGGAGAUGGAAUUGAGGAAAGAGAUUUUAUUAUUCUAGAUUUGAAUGGACCAACUGCUAUAGACUGGUGGAAUGUCUUAAAAUCACUGAGCUUGGUUACCUCUAUUUUGGAAUACAUGAACCAUGUUCAGGAUGGUUCUAAUCAGGAUGGUGAAAAACUCAUUGUUCUUAUAGUCUACGUCGAUGAUAUAGUAGUUCUGCAUUCUCUACAUCUCUCUUUUAACAGUCUUAAAAUGGAAUAUCUGUUGAAAGAAAGUGAGAAGCUUUUCUUGGAGAAGUUUGUGACAAAAUAUGAGAAAGAAGUUCCUCAAAUUUUGGAUUUAUACAAAGGGAAUAUUAGUCUACUAGAACUAGGAUAUGGAACUGAGGACGUGUGGAAAGAACCUUAA